AAAGCCGGCAGCCGGGGAUCAGCCGGGGAUGAAGAGCAGUGGGACGGCACAGAUCAGUCAGUCAGUGUGAAGCAGCGAUCGGACCAGAGGAGGUCAUACAGUCGAUGAGCUCUUAGGAGCCAACACAUUUCUCAGAUUGUCGGGGGUCCUACUUUUCAACAGCCAAGAUGGCUCGGGAUAUGUCAGAUAAGGAAAUCUUGAAAAUGGAGCUGGAUCAGCUGAAGAAGGAAGUGAGCACCCCUAGAACACCAGUGAAUUCAAACUGUGCAGAGACGGUUGAGUUCGUCGAGGGACUGCUACCAAACGACCCGCUGAUCAAGGGCGUUUCGGACGAGAAGAACCCCUACAAGGGAGACAAGGGAGGCUGUAUAAUAACAUAGCACACAAUGCAACCAGGGAAACGCCACACAGUUUUUAUACGGGAGCUGGUUGCAUUGCUGUAAUUUCCCCUGUAGAGGAGUUAUUGUGGAUAAAGAUGUACAGUAGAGAGCAAACUAAGAGAAUACUGCCAGAAGAGAAAUCCAUCACUGGAUUACUGUCUGUAUCUGUGAAAAAUGUUCAUGUGUCAAUUUGUAAUUAAAUGCAAAUAGCUGUACAAAGCUUUGACCUGA